AGGUGAGCGGCGGCCAAUGGGCGAGCGCGGGGCAGGUGCCCGCUAACUCUAGCCUAGCAGCCCGGCGGCCGAGACCUGGUUAAGCAGUUCGGGGAAGACCGGGGCGGGGGUCGGUCCUGGCGGGGUCAAGAGGGAGGGAGCGGGGAACAGCUCUCCGGCCGCAGAGACAGACCGCUGCUUCGCCUAGAUCCCGCUCCAGUGCCCGCGUCUGGAGCUACCUGCUCAGCCGCUGGGGCUGACGCUUCAAGCUGUGCGCUGUGGCCGGACUCCGCGCUCGCUGGCUCGCACGCCCCUCACCGCUCCGCGCCUGGCUCUCCGGCGGGGGCCGAGCGCGGGCGGACGGGCGGGGGAGGUGAGGGGUGCGGGUGUGUGUGCAUGUGCCUGGCUGGGUGCACACCCCGCACGGCGGCGGCGCCUGGACACGGAGGUCUCCUCAGAGCCCGGCUGCCUAGCUCGGCUUCCGCGGCCACGAUCAUGUUCCAGCCCGCAACCAAGCGCGGCUUUACGAUCGAAUCUUUGGUGGCCAAGGACGGCGGGGGCGGCGGGGGCGGCGGCGGGAGCGCGGGCUCCCAUCCCCUGGCGGCGCCUGCCUCAGAGGAGCCGCUCCGGCCCACUGCACUCAACUACCCUCAUCCUGGCGCGGCCGAGGCCGCCUUCGUGAGUGGCUUCCCCGCUGCUGCCGCAGCCGCUGCUGCGGGCGCCGGGCGUUCACUGUACGGUGGGCCCGAGCUCGUGUUCCCCGAGGCCAUGAACCACCCCGCGCUGACCGUGCACCCCGCGCACCAGCUGGGCGCCUCCCCGCUGCAGCCCCCGCACUCUUUCUUCGGCGCUCAGCACCGAGACCCGCUCCACUUCUACCCCUGGGUCCUGCGGAACCGCUUCUUCGGCCACCGCUUCCAGGCGAGCGACGUGCCCCAGGACGGGCUCCUUCUGCACGGCCCCUUCGCGCGCAAACCCAAGCGGAUCCGCACGGCCUUCUCGCCCUCGCAGUUGCUACGGCUGGAGCGCGCCUUCGAGAAGAACCACUACGUUGUGGGCGCCGAGCGCAAACAGCUGGCGGGCAGCCUCAGCCUCUCGGAGACACAGGUGAAAGUGUGGUUCCAGAACCGGAGGACAAAGUACAAGCGGCAGAAGCUGGAGGAGGAGGGGCCUGAGUCUGAGCAGAAGAAGAAGGGAUCCCACCACAUCAACAGGUGGCGCAUUGCCACGAAGCAGGCCAAUGGGGAGGACAUCGAUGUCACCUCCAAUGACUAGGGGCAGCCAGCCAUGAACCCACGAAUGCAGAGUGCUGCUCGCUGCUGGCCAGGCCCCCGGGAAGGCCCAGCUGGACUCUGGCCACUCCCUGGCAGGGCUGCGGGGAGGCCUUGAGUCACAGUCCCACGGGGCUUGGAGCCUGGGACCACCAUAGACAGAAGGACAAGACAUGGGCUGGCUGAGAACUGGGGCUGCUCAGAGAUCCUGUCUGCCUGAGCCUGCCGCCCACCAUCGCAGCUUCCCAGCCGCUCUCCAUUUCCUUUCUCUUACCUCCUUUUUGUUUUGAUGCAUUUCUAAUUUAUUUUCCAGGCGCUCACUGUAGUUCUUAGUGACCCCAUGUGUCUCCCUUCCUUAUGAGAAUAAAGUCUCUCU